UUGACAGUUUAAAUGAUGCUACCACACGUUAGCGCGCUAGUUGGGAAAACGAUAAGAACGAGAAUUAUAUUUUAGAUUUAAUAAAUAUUUAAACUGUGUUUUAAACAUGUUAAAUUGCAGAGACAAGUCGUACACGUAAAUGGCAGAAUUUAGAAGCUGAGAGGCGCUAAUAAGGAGACUUUGUAAAGCAGCGCCAAGUUAGCUGGUUUGGCGGGAAGAACGAGUGAACCAGUGUGCAGAAAUAAAUACGAUUCUGUUUGGCUCGUCAGCAGCAAAACUGAAAUCACGUAACAAGUCGUUAUUGCGCUUUCUCGAAGAGUAUUAUGGAAGACCAAAAGGAAAAUAUAUUUGACAUGGAUGAAAAUGUUAAAGUGUCUCAUGGCCCAGAGGAAGACAGUGAUUGUCAUACCAAACCUUGCGAGCAGAAAGAACCCGUGGAAGCUCCUGUGCCUUCCAGUAAAGGCGAGUUCAGUGACCCCGUGUAUAAGGAGAUUGCCGCUGCCAACGGUCACAUCAACCGCAUGAAUAAAGAUGAACUGCGGGCAAAACUAGCAGAGUUGAAGCUUGAUACUAGGGGGGUGAAGGACGUGCUGAGGAAGAGGCUGAAGAGCCACUAUAAGAGGCAGAAGCUGAUGCAGAAUGCCGCGGGGGGCGGCCCCACCGACACCUACUAUGACUACAUCUGCGUGGUGGACUUCGAGGCCACGUGCGAGGAAAACAACCCGCCCGACUUCAUGCACGAGAUCAUCGAGUUCCCCAUGGUGCUGGUCAACACGCACACGCUGGAGAUCGAUGACACGUUUCAGGCGUAUGUGAAACCAGAGAAGAACUCGCAGCUUUCAGAUUUCUGCGUGCAGCUGACGGGAAUCACGCAGGAGACGGUCGAUAAAGCGGAAGGCUUCUCCAGUGUUCUGCAGAGGGCUGUCACCUGGUUGCAGGAGAAGGAACUGGGAACCAAGUACAAAUACGCUGUUCUGACCGAUGGCUCUUGGGACAUGAGCAAGUUCCUGAACAUCCAGUGCCGCGUCAGCGGGAUACGCUAUCCCCAGUUUGCCAAAAAGUGGAUCAACAUCAGGAAGUCCUACGGGAACUUCUACAAGGUUCCCCGGACCCACACCAAGCUGAGCAGCAUGCUGGAGAAGCUGGGCCUGCAGUACGACGGCCGGCCCCACUGCGGCCUGGACGACUCGCGCAACAUCGCCCGCAUCGCCCUGCGCAUGCUGCAGGACGGCUGCCUGCUGCGCGUCAACGAGCGCAUCCACGCCGGACAGCUACUGAGCGUGCCCAGCUCCGCCCCCGUGGAGGGGGCCCCGCCCCCACACAACCCGCGCUGCAGGAACUAGCCCAGCCCUCUACCCAAAACCCUGCCCCCACACAACCCGCUCUGCAGGAACUAGCCCCGCCCUCUAACCAAAAUCCCGCCCCUACACAACCCGCGCUGCAGGAACUAGCCCCGCCCUCGAACCAAAACCCCACCUCACACACAACCCGCGCUGCAGGAACUAGCCCCGCCCUCUAACCAAAACCCCACCUCACACAUAAUGCGCGCUGCAGGAACUAGCCCCGCCCUCUAACCAAAACCCCACCUCACACAUAAUGCGCGCUGCAGGAACUAGCCCCGCCCUCUAACCAAAACCCCACCUCACACAUAAUGCGCGCUGCAGGAACUAGCCCCGCCCUCUAACCAAAACCCCACCUCACACAUAACGCGCAGUGCAAGGGCUAACCCAGUCCUACUACUCAAACAGCCCCCAACAACGUAUAAGCUAGCCCCUGCCCCCCCACUAGCCAAAACCCCACCUCCUACAUAGCCCUCAGUGCAAGGGCUAACCCAGUCCUACGACUCAAUCCCCAGCCCACAAACAGGUCAUGAUUGGAACUAGCCCCUCCCACUGCUUAAGCCCCGCACCCAACACACAUACUGUACAGGUCACAAUCAGGGAGAUCUGCCACAGGGCCUUAAAACAAGAAAGGGUGAUAGUCAUCGUCCUGUAAUUGUCCUCUCUGCAUAGCUUGCACUUAACAUUGCAUUUCCAUCCACUUUUGGUAUAGCAGUGACCUUUGCUCUUUGUAUUUUGGUUCUGUAUUGUGCCCGUGUUUGUACAGAGCUCUGUAUCUGUGUACUGGAGUGGGCCCACACGGGAGAUGACCUCCUUGACUGCAGUGCACACACACAAUGUACCACAGCACUGUGAUAAUGAGUGACAGCUUCACUGGCUGGCUCACAUGCUGAUGUACCACAGCCUCUUUUCACCGCCCCCUUCCAGACCUGGGUUAAAUAGGACAUUAAUUUGGAUUGUGUGUGUAUUGGAGCCGAUGAAAUUCUCUCCUAUGAAACCUCGCCUUCUGGUCCUCUCGGUUCUCUCCAUUGCACCAGGCAAGAUAAAUUGAGCUCUGAAAAGUAUUUGAAUCCAAAAUACUAUUUGACCCAGAUCUGUCCCCUUCCAUUCCUCCUCUUUACUUUUGGCCAACGUGGAUAAUGUGCCAUAUUUCUGUGCUGCGGGUUUACUUUUAAUUGCACAAUUUUUAUUUGGCUGUUUUUGUCUUUUUCAUUGUUUUACUAAAAUUUUUCUUGAUUCCACUAGCCUCGUUGUACCUCUGAGCAGCCCAGAACUAGAACUCCUCUCUGUCCGCCCAUGAAAGACCUUUCAAUUGUGAGGCCACUGGCUUCUGUCUCUACAAUGUUUUUUUGAAAACAUUCUGGAAUGGUAAAUGGCACCAACCAGCUCGUCUGGAGCAUUUGGGGGUUUGGUGUCUUGCUCAGGGACACUUCGACACAGCCCAGGCGGGGGAUCGAACCGGUAACCCUCCGACUACCAGACGACUGCUCUUACUGCCUGAGCCAUGUCGGCCCUGUGCGAAUGGCAGGUGCGUCUGUAUGGAUUGGCUGUUCUGGAUUCAGGAUCAGGUGUCUGGGGUAAUUUGCUUCAGCACACAAUUGGGCAGAUUGUUUGGGUGUCUGGGAAACUGGCCACGUGCCACAAGGUUGUGAACAUGACCCUACAAUGCUUUUUUCCCCUCGUGUUUGUACGCUCUCCACAGAAUGUCUGUCCAAUAUCGAUGCCACUCUAUUACGUUUCCAUCCCCCUGAGUUUGAUGCUCUUUCAGUAUUUAUUUUGAAUAAAUUGAGUUGUUGACUAGGAAUAAAUGGAUGAGUUGUUUAAUACAUUUUCUGAUUGUUAAAUGAUGCAGUUGAUUUAAGCGCUCAGCUUCAAUAGCGGUUUGUAUGAUAUUCAUUUGGGCAAAUGAACAAAUGGGAAUUAUGAGCAAUUUUUCUGUGAGAUUUGUUCUUUCUUUUUUCUUUUUUUUAAGCCAAUAAACCGCAAAAAAAUAAACUUUAAAAAAAAAAA